GGUUGUCAAGUCUGGGUUUUUUAAUCAAAUCAAACAAAACGAAAGCUUGUAUGAAAUCAAAUUAUUUUUUAUUGGCUUUACAUUACAGAUGCCUCUUUACCCAACAACGUUUCAUCCAGUAUAUUUACUCACAUCGAAAUAGUUCAAGCCGUGCGGUCCUUGAAACAUUCAUGCAGUAAUUAUGAUAGAAAAUCAACAAAAGUGUAAUUAUUUUCAAGCAAUUUCAAUUACUGUGCAAGUUGGCGUAGCAUUCAUUAUUCAUUUCACGGAGACCAGCAAAUUCAAGGAAGUAUUUGCAUUACAGAAAAUCACACACACACAAAAAUUUAGUUUCUGCCAAAAAAUGGAUGGGGUCAGUUAUUGGCGUUUUUUGAUGUUUUUUUGUGUGCUGUCCGCUAAAGUCGAAGGUCUCAACACCAAAGACUCGAGAUUUGUUAAAUUUAUAUCGACGCCCGACAAAGUCACAAAUGUCUUGGACGGAAGAAAUGCAAAAUUGGAAUGGGUAUUUCAAUUAACCUCGAACAACUCGAUAAAGAUAAUGCUGUUCACUUACGAUAGACCAGAGGCCACGAAAAAAUGGAUUGCCCGGAAAACGUUUCCACAGCGUGGCACCAUAACACAUCGCGAAGAAUUCUCCUCAUACAAAAGCACGAUUUCAAUUGAUCAAAAUGGCAAUGGACAUGCCUCCAUUUUAGUCCCAGAAGUAAAAUCACCUCUCCUGUAUGACAGUUAUGGAUUAAAGUUCGAGUCGUCUGUAAUUGAAACGGCGGUGGAAGAUUCUGUUGGUAUACGCAUUGUGGAUAUGGUUGCUGGUCGCGACAGUAAGCAGCCUCAGAUCAUUACAAGGUGGUAUGGUCAACAAGUUAACUUGAAGUGUGACGUUCAUCAUGACAAGAAAGUCGUGCCAACUUUCCAAUGGUAUAAACGGCUGCCGAGAACGCACGAGAAAGAAAAAUAUCUUGGUGAAACGGUUUGGAACACGCUAACUCUCAUUAUAGUAAAUGACACAUGUUUUGGCGCAUAUUUUUGUAAGGCUAUAUCGAAUAUGCGAGAGGUGGUUGAGCUGAAAUUCCAAAUUCAUAAAUUAGGUUACCCUGGUUCCCCAAGCAAGGUCAUAUUCAAACGCUAUUCUGACAAAGGAAAGCAUGUAUUACACUGGGAGAAGCCAUUGAACAGCAACAAAAAUUGGGUGAAAGAGUACGCUGUGGAAAAGUUGGACGGAAAAAAAGGCAUAUGGAUCGAAAAACACAGAACAAAACGGUUUCUUGUCACCGUUAACGAUGUUCAAGCGGGAAAAUAUCGGGUUUGUUCGGUGAACGAGGCUGGCUAUAACUGCUCAACGCCUGUGUCAUUACCAAUGCAACAAAUACCAGAGGGAAAGUCAAGUUGUUUCUUGCCAGAUUUCUGUACCAUAUUUAUGACUAUCGUGGCAUGUACUGUCAUGCAAUACGAAUAAAAACUUGUAGAAAAUGCAAUACGAAUAAAAACUUUUAAAUCAUUGUAACUAGAUUUUUUCACUCUUUCGAGAAAAAAAACCAAUUUGCUUUGAAUAUGAACGAUAAUGUUUCAAGAAUAAAUUACAACACUUAAAUUAACUGUAAUAUUA